AUGGACAUAGCUGACGACGACGUGCAUGCCCUGGAAAAUCUGCUGAGGAAUUUCCAGGAGCAGCUGCAAGAAAUUGCGGUGUAUCAAGCAGAUGAAGCCCUGGACAAAGCCGUGGUCGAAGCGCAGAUCGAAGAUCUGGAGAGCAGGUUGGACAGUCGACAGCAGCAGAACCAGGAUCUCUUCCGAAGAGUCAAAAUGUUGGAAGAAGUCCUACAGAUGGAGCGUCAGAAACGCAUCAGACAGAUGGCUGCAGACAAUGAGGUACUUCCGGGCUUCAUGACCCCACGCAGAUCGCGGAGCUCGCUGCCCAGCUUCCAGGAUCUCUCGGAGUUACUCCUGGCGCGGCGCGCGAUGAUGUCCAGCCGGAUGUGGCUCAAACCCAACUGUACCGGAACGAUAGACAUGGAACACUGCGACUGCUGA